UGUAUUUCUUAGAUAUAGAUUUAUAUAUCAUCUCAUUCAUAAUAAACCACCCUUCACACUUAAUGGUUCCCUUGAAGGAGGUGUAUCCUAAGUAUGUUAAUCAUUCUAAACACUUGGUGUUGACAAACAAAAUGAAUUCCUUUAGGCCUUUUGUGGGUGGCAAUUACACAUAGGUAAUCAACAGGUACAGAAGACCUAUUGGUACAACUCUUAAAAAAGGUAACAAGAACAUGAACCUUCACAGUUGAUUUUUAGAUUCCUACUCUCUCCUUUAUCCACUAAUAUGUAAUCAUAUUUAUUUUAGUUGAAAGUUAAAUAAAAAUGUAAAUAUGCCAAUGAGCUGAUUAGCUCUAUUUCUUAUAGUAUUCAUGUUCUUCAUAAACACUAUAGAUAUUAGUUUGUCAUGUAGAAUAAAUGCUAAAUAAAUUGAAUUCAUAUAGAAUAAAUGCUAAAUAAACAAAUUGAAUGCUUUAAGAAGGAAAACCUGAUUUAUAUGAUUUUAGUUCUCCACAAUGUAAUACAGUUUCAAGUUACAUAUUCAGAUAUGCAAUCUCAGCUAUGUAUGCUAUUACUCUUUUAGGCAAUACAGAUUCCCUCUGAUUUAUAUCUGAAACAUGUGGAGAAUGGGGGAAGACCAAAUGGAAAAAUAUAUUCAGUUAAAUAACUUUUUUAUGAUAGAUUCUCCAAUUAUAAGGUGAUUACUUUAUUGCUAAUGAUGACUCCAUUAUAGCUUCCUAGGCUACCAAAUGAUCAUUCAUAACAAGGUAAGAUUUUGGCUAGGGUGUUGUCAGGUAUAAUUAUGUUUGUAAAGCUCCUCAAGAUCCUUAGACAAAGGUACAUAGGUGUCUGUGGAUCUUAGGGAGACACAUUGCCUGAAAGUCUCCUUAGAAGUGAAAGAUGAAGAUGCUUUUACUUCUGAUAUUAUUCUAUGGCAGCGUCAACAGUGAUGAAGUUUCAAAACCCAACAUUAUUAUAGCAAUGGCAGAUGACCUUGGCAUUGGAGAUCCUGGAUGCUAUGGAAACACAACUCUAAGAACUCCUAAUAUUGAUAGAAUAGCCAAAGGGGGAGUGAAAUUCACUCAGCAUUUAGCCGCAUCUCCACUUUGUACACCAAGUAGAGCGGCUUUCUUGACAGGCCGUUACCCUGUCCGGUCAGGGAUGGCUUCACGCUCUAAGGUUGGAGUGUUCCUAUUUUCAGCUUCUUCAGGUGGACUGCCUGCUAAUGAAAUCACUUUUGCCAAGCUUUUGAAGAACCAAGGCUAUUCUACAGCCCUGAUAGGAAAGUGGCACCUUGGGAUAAAUUGUAACAGCAGAGAUGACUUCUGUCACCAUCCUUUAAAUCAUGGUUUUGAUCACUUCUAUGGACUGCCGGUGACCAAUUUGAGAGAUUGCAAGCCAGGAUCAGGCACUGUGUUUACCACAGCCAUUCAUAUGUUUGUUUUCAUUCCCCUGCAAAUUGUUGGCAUUGCACUUGUCACUUUGGAGGCACUCAAUUGCCUUGGCCUGUUUCGGCUUCCUCACUGGGUAUUCUUUUCCUGUCUUUUAUUAGCAGCUACUAUAAUUGGACUCUUAGCCUGCUUCCUUCAUUUUUUCCGACCUUUAAACUGCAUUUUGAUGAGGAACCAUGAAGUUGUACAGCAGCCAAUGUCUUACGAAAAUCUCACUCAGAGGUUGACUAGGGAAGCUCUCAAGUUCAUAAACAGGAACACAGGAACACCUUUCCUUCUUUUCUUAUCCUACAUUCAUGUCCACACUGCACUUUUUUCUGCCAAAGAGUUUGUGGGGAAGAGCAAACAUGGCAUGUAUGGGGAUGCUGUGGAAGAAAUGGAUUGGAGUAUAGGGCAGAUCUUAAAAGCUCUAGAUAAGAAGAAAUUGACAAAUAAGACACUUGUGUAUUUUACCUCUGACCAAGGAGCUCACAUUGAAGAAGUGACUGACAAGGGAGAUAUCCAUGGAGGAAGUAAUGGAAUUUAUAAAGGUGGAAAGGCUAAUAACUGGGAAGGAGGUAUCCGGAUUCCAGGACUUCUUCGCUGGCCAGGAGUGCUACAGCCUGGAACAGUGAUUGAUGAGCCCACUAGUAAUAUGGAUUUCUUUCCAACCAUUGUCAAACUUGCAGGAGCAAAAUUGCCUGAUGACAGAGUUAUUGAUGGACGUGAUCUGAUGCCUUUGCUUCAAGGAAAAAUCCUUCAAUCUGAGCAUGAGUUUCUCUUCCAUUACUGUAAUGCAUAUUUAAAUGCAGUGCGCUGGCAUCCAAGAAACAGCACAUCUAUUUGGAAAGCUUUUUUCUUUACACCAAAGUUUAAACCAGAUGAUUCUAAUGGCUGUUUUCCAACCCAUGUGUGCUUUUGCAAUGGGCAUUAUGUCACUCGUCAUAAUCCACCUCUACUCUUUGAUAUCUCCAAAGACCCAAAGGAGAGACAUCCAUUAACUUCAAAAACCGAAAAUCAUUUUCAUGAAAUUCUAAGAGUCAUGCAAGAAGCAGCAGACAACCAUACGAAGACACUCAGUGUGGUUCCCAAUCAGUUAUCCUGGGGGAACCUUCUUUGGAAACCCUGGCUUCAGUUGUGUUGUUCCUCUUCUUAUCUUUCCUGUCAUUGUGAUCGGGAAACAAAAGGUAGGGGUAAAGGUGUCAGACUGUAACAAGACAAAUAAAAACUCUUUCCUGGAUGAAUAAUCUUUAUUUGAAAAUUCAAAACUUGGAAUUCUGUUAAUUAUCCCAAUUGUAGUUAACAAGGCGUGGCCAACACAAUCAUUGUACUCCCCUGGAUACACUUGGCAUGGUGUACUUUCUGUGACUUGAAGGACUGAUUAUAGGAUGCAUACUAAUACAAAAAAAAACUUUAGGGUUUGCUCUGUUGAGAAGGAAGAACAAUGGACUUAACUUGUAGGACCAAGAUGACUGAGUUAGUUGGUAGAUUGGAUUGAUAAAUGUGGGGAUAAAGAAGGAAUCUGAAUAAAUAUAUGUAAGAUUUGUGCAGAUAAUUGGAUUCUACAAAAGCUCCAAAGAGAAUCUUCCUUUGUUUUUGAACUUCUUAAGUCAUCUAUCUAUUCCUUGACUUGGAGUUGGGCAGAAGACCUGGCAGUGACAACCAUGACUGACAGAUUUUUGCAUUAAGGAAGAAAAUGUGAAUUAAGAAAGAAAUUGCUCAUAAAACAAUGGGUUUUUAAAAAAAAACACUUACAACUUGUAUAAAGACUACCACUUGUACCAAUGAUAAAUAAUGUAACUUCACAUCAUGAAUGAAAAUUAUUGUUAUUAAGUGUUUAUUGAACAUGCUAAGUAUAAGGCACAAGUGAUUUUAAAGCCAACUUCAGUACUCCAGAAAGUUAACAGAUGCAAAUGUGUACAGUAGAAAGUUGCUAGGAAGUACAAAUUCAUUAGUUUGCUCUAUGUUUCACAGGAGAGCCAUGCCAUGGAACUGACUUAUAGAUAAGGCCACCUUUAAUAAGAUUUAUUUGGUACUUCAUUAGAUUAUUCCCCAUGACUAAUCCACCUUAUACAGAAUUCUAUUCUGAGGUUCAUAGUGAUAUUCUAAUAUAAUUCCUAUUGUGAUGAAAAAUUGUGAGGUUAAUAAAAAAAGAAGGGAGUGUUGGGGGAAGGUACUCAAUAUACAGACUUCCAAUAUGAUUCAGUAUUUUACUUUAUGGAAGCUUAUUGAAUUAUUUUUUAAUCUUGCAGUGAGAUAGUUAAAUUUGUACCACUAUUAAACUUUCUGUUUUUCUUCUAUUAAUGCGUUAGUGAUAGAAGCAAUUACUUUGGUCCCCAUUGACCAGAAUGGCCCUGGGCAAGGCCUUUUGCUUCUAAUCUCUUUUGAGAGCCAGGACUAAGAGAACUUCUUGGCCUUGCUUUCCUAUCCCCCAAGUCAUAGUCACACAAAAUAGACCCUCAAUCCUGACUAAUUCAUCUUGAUCUGGGAAAGAUUGUGCUUAUUUCCACUCUGAUAUUAAGUGAAAUAUUCAGUGGAAUUUGAAAGACAUUUUCCACUUCUCUUAUUCUGCUACCCUUUAGGGAAAACAAAUUUUUUCCAUAGAAAGAAAGAAUUAAACAUUCCUUUGGGGGACAGGGGGAAUCUUUGAAACAAGGCCAAAGGAAGUGACUUUUGUAUAUUGGCUUAUUUAACUGUCAAUUCCCUAUACAGUCUUUCUAAGAAAUUUCUGUAACCCAUUAGAACAAGUUUUUUUUUUAUUCUGUAUCUUUCUAAUUCAAUUUUACUGUCCAGUCCUGCAAUAAUAAUUGAUAUUUUCUCUUCAAGAUUUUUUUAAUGUGUAAUUUGUGCCCUUUGUUUAAAUACUUGUUCCAGUCCCCUCAUCUACCAUUCUACCACUCCAAGGGAAUUUAAGACUCCCUUGUAACAUAGAAAAAUGGUUAAGCAAAAAAUGAUAACAUCUGGGAGUGGAUGCAAUGAAAUCCUGUCCUCAUAGUUCUCUGCCUCUCUGCCAUGAGCAGGGAAAUAGGUUUCAUUAUCUCUUCUGGACCAUUAUUAGUUUUUAAGUUACUCAGCUUUCAGUUUCCUUUUAGUGAUUUUUUUCACUUACAUUAUUGUAUCAUUCUGUAUAAAGUCCUUUUAGUUCUGCUUACUUUACUCUGAAUCAGUUCAUAUAAACCUUCCCAUGUUUCUCAAGAGUUUCUCAUAUUCAUCUUGGUACAAUAAUAUUUUGUUGUACCCAUAUCACACAGCUUGUUUACCAUUUUCCUUGGAAACCACUUUCAGUAUUGUACCACCUCAAAAUGUACUACUAUGAAUAUUUUUGUAUAUACUGAGCCUUUAUUUCUGUCUUUGAUCUUCUUGGGGUAUAUCCCCAGGAUUAGCAUCACUGAGUCAAAAGGUAUGAACAGAUUGAUCACUUUUCUUGAAUAAUUCUAAAUUACAGUCCUGGACAAUUCAAUCAAUUCAUGGCUCCAUCAACAGAGUAUUAAGAUGACUUUUGCCAUAGGCAUUAAUUAUUUUCAGUUUUUUUUUCCACUUUUGCAAAUUAAAAUAAAGACUCAAAGUUGUUUUAAUUCUCAUUUCUCUAUUAGUGAUUUGGAACUUGCUUUCAUAUGGCCAUUAACAAUGUGUAAUUGUUCAUUUAAAAACUGUUCAUAUCCUUUGACUACUUAUUUAUUGGGGAAUGAUUCAUGGUGUUAUAUAUCUAUGUUGAAUCCCUGUAUGUUUGGACUAUCAGACUUUUUCUUAGUGAUACUUGAUGCAAAAUGCUUCCCCCCUACUUGACAGUUUCUCUUAUUCUGGCUGCAUUGAUUUGUUUGUGGAAAAUCUUUUUAGUUCUAGGUACUUGAAAUUGUCCAUUUUGUCUUUUAUGAUUACCUCUAGCCCGUGUUUGUUAUUAUUCCUGUAUUUAUAAUUGUGAAAGUUAUCUCCUUCCAUUUUUCUCUAAUUUUUUUUAAUGCUGUGAUGUUUUAUAUUUAGUCUUGUAUCCAUUUGGAAUUUAUUGAGCUGUAUGGUAUAAGAUUCUGGUGUAUACCUAAGUUCUGCCAAACUGCUUUCCAAUUUUCUCUCUGAGAGAUUUUGGAAGCUUUAAAUUAACCACUAUUUUAAAAAACCAUUGCUUUCUUAUUAUUACAGAAACUAGUUAAAACUCUGCUUAUUGUAUUAGAGAAUGUGCUUAUUGUAUUAGAGAAUGUAUUAGCAUGUUAUUUAUGUAUCAGAUUGGCAACUGAUACAAGUAUUCAAAAGCUUACUUAAAUAGUGGAAAGAAUAUUGGACUUGGAGUCAGGGGACCUGGGGACAGCUAGGAUUAGUAUUGGAGUUAGAGUAAGGAAGACCUGAAUUCAAAUCCUGUCUUGGACACAUACUGGCUGUGUGACUAUGGACAAGUAAACUUCUCUCAGCCUGAGUAUCCUCAUCUGUAAAAUGGGGUUAGACUCUGUGGCUCUCUUCCAGCUCUAAGGUUAUGAUCCUAUAACCUGAGUAUAAAUUAUGACUCUUACAAAUUGCUUGUAUGUCCUUGGACAAGUCAAUUAACUUCAAAUUUUCCUCCUCCUUAAAAUGAGUAUAUUGUACUAGGUUAUCUCUAAGGUCCCUUCCAGCUUUAAAUUCCUUGAUACUAACAGCAAAAAUUCCUUGCUAUAACUUUGAUCCUAAUAUAAUUCAAAUUUUUAGAAAAUAUUAUAUGACAUGGGAACAUAUGUUAUAGAACUAAACAUAAGAAAGCUAUUGUUGCUGAUUUUAUAUAUAAAAGUUUGCUUAUAUUAUACAUUAUUGUUUAACCUAUAAAAUGUCAUCAGCUCUAAAAAUGUAAGGUAAAAGAAUUUGAAAGUGUUUGCUUUGAAAUAAUUAACAAUUACUAUUAAUUAUAUUUUAGGUUAUUUAAAAGUCAAGUUUGUGAAUAAUAACCAUAAUUGUCAUAAUUUUGAAACCAUUUGCCAACAUUCUGUUUGCAUGAUGAGACAGAAAAAAAAAUGUGGAUGUUUAUUAUGUCAAAGCAAGAUCAAGAAAAAUUCCUUAGAGAAAUAGCUAACUUUUGCAGUGCUGUGUAGCAUGAUUAUUUGGUUACAAAGUAAGCCUCUGUAUCUUCUAUGUAUUAAUGUAGCUUCUUGCUGAAUGAAUUUGGAGGUUUAAAACAAAAUUCACUAAGCUUUCUAAAAACUUAUACUUGUCAAGAUAUUAAAACCUAAACUACAUUCAUUCACAUUUAAAUAGCUCUCAUUUUUACCAGAUCAGUAAGGUUUUAGGGAAAGUAAGAUUGAUGAUUUCAUGUGCCCAUGGGGAUAAGAAGAGUUUAGUUAAGGAAACACAGCAUUCCAAAUUUCCCUAAAGGUCACAUACACAGAAAGUGUCCAGGGAAGUUAUAUGAUAUAUGAUCCAUAUCUGAAUAAUAUUUUCUUCAAAAGCAACUAUCAAAUUAAAAUUUUUCUACUUGGAUUAUAUUAUUUUAAUGCAGAUAGAGAUGUAAAUGAUAUAUUUCCUUUACCUUUGAAAAUAAUACAACUUGAUAGAGUUAUUUCAGACUGUCACAGUUUAGAUCAGAAAAGUUUUCAGAGUUUGAGAAGCAGGACAAAAAAAAAAAACACAUUAUGUCCCUCCUCCCCCCCACCACCAUAUUGACUUCAAACUGAGCCCCAGAAUUCACCUGCAAGUUUAUAAAUAAAAUUCCAAACUAGAGAGAGGCCAGAUCAUCUUCUUUAUACAAGAGAACAUCAUUAGGACCAGGAAAAAACAAUAAUUCAACCUUAGAAUAGGGUCUAAAAAUAUGGAGUGACAAAUUGUGGUGAGAACAGGUUAAUUAAUAGCCACUAUAAUGUAAGUUACAGAAUAUAUAUGAUGAGAAACAGAUUUAGGAUCAUAGGAUAACAGCUCUGGGAGAGAUCUUAGGUGGUCUCCUCUCUCAUUUUACAGAUGAAAAAAAUAGACCUUGAGAGACAAAAUGGCUUGCCUUUAUUUUGGACAUCCUCAAAGAGAAGGAUUUUAGCCAGAGAAGACCAAAAGGAGAAAGGUUCCCAGACCAUCUAGAAUGAAAAUAUAGGACUAGGAAUCUAAAGAAUGUUAUUACAGUCCUUGUUCUUCCACUUACUACCUAUGUGACCUUGUGCCCUUAGGCCUCAGUUUUCUCAUCUGUAAAAUUAGUGAGUUUGACUAGAUGGUCUCUAAGGUUCCUUCUGGCUCUUAUAAGCGUUAGCUCAUGACCCUAUCUAACUCAAAGGAGGAUGAAUUUAAAGAAAAGAGCCCAGGAGUCAGGAAGUGAGUAAUGGGAUUGUGUGUUGGUUAUAUGCCAAGGUGACUGCACACCCUAACCUAUCAUCAUAUUUGCCUUCUUCCAACUGACCACUUUUGUGUUGAUAGAGCUACCUCUAGUGAUCAUUAUUUAGUAACAUGUCUUUGUUUAAUGGAUUUUGAAUAAAGUGAUUUUAAUUUAUCAAUA